AUGCAUGCAUUUUUCGAUAUCGAAAACUCUGUUUGGGGUCUGGACUACGAUCUGGUGAUCACCGCUGCUAUCAUUCAAUUGUUUUAUACAUACAGGCCUAACAACACAGACAAUGUAUUUCUCCAUAUUCUUCAACAUCUUCUACCAGAGAAUCAGUUGUCGAGUUUGGCCUACAAUCUGGUGAUCAUCACAGCUAUGAUCGCAAACUCUUUCAAUCGACGCGAAACGAUGAAUGGUUUGAACCGAUUGUGUCGUAUUGUCAUUGAGUUCUUGAGAUCACAUUCGGAUCCAUUGAAUGGUGAAACCAAUGAACGCAACGUAACGCAAAUCAUACACAAACUGAUCGCCUAUUGUCGACAAAACCCGCAAAAUGUGGACAUUUUAUACGACAUUGAAUUCAAUGAAUUGCUUUUGAAUGCUUUCGAUCGCGUCUUGUUUGACGGCCAGAACCGGUCGCGCGGUCUUCAGUCAACCAUUUUGGACCUAUUGGUGGAGAUCUCGUACCACAGGAUCAGCGCAUAUGAGUUGAAGCUAUUGUUACGGCUGUUGAAAGAGCCGCGCAUUCAACUCGACUUAUGUCUCAAUGCUUUGCAUCGCGUCGUCGGCAACACUGGCGGCGAUCGGCUCUCCAGACCCCUGUAUUGCCUCCGCUUUCCUGUGGAACCGAUACUCAUAUCGUCUUUAAAUGCGGCCAAUCCUAUCAUAUCGUCAUUUGUGGGCCAAAUGCGACACUCAAUCAUCUAUGACUCCAAGACUAAACCCAAUCACAUGUGUUGGAGCGCCGCAGCCGUCGCCCUCCCGUUACCAGAGCCCGAAGAGCUCUUCGCCACCACUUGUAAAACGUUUUCAAUGGCUUUUUGGGUGUUUUUGGACAAAAAUCUGGUGUUUUGCAAAAGUAGUGAGACUUCAAACGGACAUCAUUUGAAUGAAAUGAACGCAAGUGUUAACAGAAAUCAUGAAUUUAAAGUACACUUAACUUCAAUGGCUUUCGAGUCGACGUCUAUUGAAAUCUGGUUUGACUUUCAUUUGCGGCAAUUUGUGUGCAAAAUAUGUAAACUAAUUAACGGCCGAAACGUUGUGUACGCGGAAGAAGUGGUGACCACAGGUGGGGAUGUGUUGGGCAAAUGGCAUCUCUUGCGGUUCAACUUCAAAGAAGUUUACCUCAAGAGGUCGUCGUCUUCCCUAUUAGUUUCGCUCAGUAUUGACGGAAUUAGUGAACAGUCGGUGAAAUUGAUUUACUCGACAACAAUCCCAAAACAUCCACAAUCGGUGACAGUUCUGUUGGGAAGUGUUUACAGCAGUCCUAUUGGCUGGAAAUGCGGGAAUUUAAUGCUUUUCCGGAACUCCUUAUCGCUUGAGUCGACGUUUUACUUAUACUGUUUGGGAUCUGAUUUCGCAAACUUUUCUAAUUGCAAACUCAAUGACAAAAAUACGUUAAUUAUACCCAAGAGUUUGUCGGACACUAACUUUGUCGAUGUUUUUCCCGCUUUUCGCGAUCUUCCGGACAAAAGCCAUACAUUGGAGAACAACAUUACGAUUGUUUACAAACCGGUCAGAAGUGACCAGUUUUUAGUGUAUCACAAGCCGUCGUUUAGUAGCAAUUCAUACAUUCCGAAAAUGCCGUUUCCAAUCACAUCCAAACGAAUAUCGGCCACCAUUUCGGCCAACACUGUGUCCGACAUCACCGAACACAGAGCCCUUGAGUUCGGCCAAACGGACCGACAGUUCUAUUACGGCGUCCAUAAGGCUGUGUCAGACGUCGGAGGGAUCGAAGUGUUUAUGUUUCUCUUCGCGCAUAUCAUUGACAUAACAAGUGAUGAGAAAAUGCAAUCAAAAGCGUUGGCAAUACUGCUUAAAGUGUUUGAUUCUCACGUCCAACACAGGGACGCCUUUAUUAACCGAUACGACGGACUGUCACUCAUUGGACUCGUCUUAGAGAACCCGAAGGCGAUUAUCACUCAAUCAAUGUUUAAACAUUUUGUGCAAUUCUCGAUCAGUAACUGCGAAAGCGAUGCCAUAAUCACGUCGAGUGAAAGUAUGGCCACAUUAAUAAACUCGUGGAAGGUUUGGCACCGCAAUCCUAUUACCACCAAAGCUCUCUAUCAGACACUAUUAUCGCUCAUUUCAUACACAAAUCCGUACAAAAGUUUCAACAUUUUUCAGAUGAGAAACGCAGGGGUUUUGCAAUUAAUACUAUUCAUGACACAAGAAAUGUAUAUUCAAUUUAAUGAUCGCAAAGAAGUUCACUUAACGAAAGACUCGUUACCAUUAGUGCUGAAAAUUCUCAAAAUUCUGAUCGAAAAUCCAUUGGAUAUCUCACUGCUAAACGAGGUCUUUGAUUGCCUAUUAUUACUACAUAGGGCUGAGUCCGCAUUCAUUAGUCAAUCGAGAAAUUCAUUUUACUAUUUAUUUCCGUCCGUUUGGAACAUCGAUAUGGAGUCGGGAUCUCAGAGGACCAGUCAAUCAGAGUCGGAAGCGUUUGAUGUCGAAGAAUGGGAAAUCAUAUCCGAAGAGGAGAUCUCUUUGACAGACGUUGUCGUCGAUGAUUGUCGCGACCAAAUCACCGCCGGAUUGAUAUCAUUGAUCGGAGAUGUGAUUGACUCGAUUGGCAACGAUCGCAAUAUAUUGGACAAAGUUGUCGGACCUAUAAUUAAACUCGAAUAUCUGAUGGUUUUGGCUAAUAAUAAGUCAUUUCGUGUGAGAGAGAGUGUUAUGUCUACACUUUACACGUGUAUUAAGAGAUGCAAAUCAUCGGACGCUAUGAAUCAGUUCAUUAAAUUGAAAGGUUUCCACUUAUUAGCCAAUCAAUUACAUCGAUAUCCCACCUCUUCUAAGCUCAUCAACAUAUGUCUGGCUCUCGCCUUAGGAGUGAAUGAUUGCAAUGAUUUGAAUGAUUUGCUAAUUGAAGAGAUGUUUGAGACCAAUAAAGGCGUGAAUGAAUGGCAGGUCGAGCUGUUUGUGCCUUUCUUUGCUGUGCUUCCCAAAUGUGUAUACGAUAUCUCUUUGAGUCACAACUCGUUACAAGCCUUUUAUAGACUGAUGCCAUCGUUCAGCACAUCUUUCCUCAAAGAGCUCUACGAAAACGGUUUACUCGAAUGUAUGGCAAAAGUCAUUAUAAGUCAUAAUUGUUAUAAACAAAGAUCUGAAUCGCAAACCACUGACUCUAACGACGGAUACGAAGAGGAUUUGGUGUACGAAGACGUGAAUUAUAUAUUGCGUGAAUUCUCGUCGACAUUGUUUUCCAGUUCUGGCGCUAAUAAUCAUCAGAUUUAUUGCAAUUCAUUGCAAUUCUUUGCACUAUUGGAGAGAAAAGCUCAGUCGACCAAUAGGUCUGCGUUCAGAGACAACCAAAUAGCACUGUUUGAGUCGGCAUUUGAUUGCAUACAGAAUAUCGCAGAUGAAACCAAAAGCAUUCCUAAUAAACUUUCCAGAGGCACAAACACAGCCGGACUAUUGAUGAACAUGUUUGAGAACUACGACAGCGGUUCCGUAUCGCCAAACAACGAGACCUUCGACUCCUCUUCGUUCACCAGUUUUGACAAUUCCGACCGCUUUUCCAAUCACUCAAACAAAACACAGCUUCACAACAAAGAAGUUGUCGAACGCUUUAAAGAGUUGAUCCCCAAAGCUGUGGAUUUUAUUUUAUAUAAAGUGAUUCAUACGGACAACACUCGUAAAGCGGCCGAAACUCUUUGGACUAAUAUAUUGAGGAAUUGCAAGGAAACCAUCAAAAGUCAAUUAUCGAGACUUGUCUUAUAUCUGAUAAGUCCGAUGCAAACCAAUGAGACGAGACAUUUCAGCAUAUCGUCCAUUAAUUCGUUGAAUUGUUUUCAGUAUUUAAUCAAAUCUAACGAAGAAUUUGGAUAUAAUUUUCGGGCAUUUGUUUAUGAUUUAAUCGAUUCGCUUAACGAUAACGAAAAGCUAAAGGAUUUGUUUCUUUUACUUAAAGUGAUUGAUUCUCAGUUAACCAACAAUUGUGACAAACAUUACAAGAAAUUGAUUAGCAAUUGGUUCCAGAAUUUAUUAGAAUCGCAAAAGAAUUACGAAAAGUCCAUCGAAUCGACAAAAGAGCGUAUUUUGAAUCGAAUGAAGAAAUUAAGCCAUAAAGUGAUCGAAACAGCCAUUUGUGUGACACGUUCUGUAGUGGAAGCGCAGAAUUUAGAGCGAAAACAAUACAUAUAUUCCUUGAAAAAAGACCAAACGAAGAACUUUGAGCUCAAGAAGUCUUGGAAGUGGUUAACGGAUCAGUUGACACACGAGAAGGCCAUCUGGUAUUUUGCUAAUAGUUAUCCCAAUUCGUGGUCAUUAGAUCCCAUCGAAGGUCCGAACCGUAUUCGCCGCAAACUGAAGCGCUGCUCAUUGAAUAUCUCCGACCGAUUCUUCUCCGAUCCGACCACUCAUAAGAAGUCAAAACAAUUGCUUUCGAAUAUCUUUAGCUCCGAUUCGUUCGACUCUUCAGUACUGAUCGACAAACUUCACGCAAACGAACGUAUAGUCUAUACGUCCAACGCAUCCAUUAUCACACCAGAUGAAGAAUUUCCGGGAGAAAUACUGGUCAGUAAUUCGUGCAUUCAUUUCAUAAGCGAAACCAAGAAAACGGAUCCAAUUGGAGGCGACAGUCAGACAAAAGUUUUACCAUUCGAUGAAAUACAAGAAUUACUGAGAAGAAGAUAUCAGUUACAGAACAACGCGUUGGAGAUAUUCCUGACCAAUGGGUUAACGUAUUUGAUAUCAUUCGAGACCAACGAUAAGCGCGAAGAAUUCAUGAGUCAAAUACUAGCGAAAAAUUUGCCAAAUGUUUACGAAACCAAAUGUUUGGUCGCAUUGACACAGAUGUGGAGAGAGAGGCAGAUCUCGAACUUCGAGUAUUUGAUUCAUUUGAAUAAACACAGCGGCAGAACAUUCAACGAUUUGAUGCAAUAUCCCAUCUUUCCGGCCAUUUUAGCCGAUUAUGAGAGCCCUGUGUUGGACUUACGCGACCCCAAGUCGUACCGCAAUCUCUCCAAACCGAUUGCCAUACAAAUGAAAAGCCGCGAAAAGUAUUACAUCGAUCAAUACAAUUACCUGAAGAAUGAAUACGACCGGAGCGGAGACACCGGCGAGUAUAUGAUGGCCGCCACUACCGCACCAUUUCAUUACGGCGCCCAUUACAGCAAUAGCGGCACUGUUUUGCACUUCUUGGUCCGUUUGCCGCCGUUUACGCAAAUGUUUCUCAACUAUCAGGACAACAACUUUGACAUUCCCGACCGUACGUUCCACUCGAUGGCCACCUCUUGGAAGUUGGCCACAAGUGAGUCCACCACAGACUUCAAAGAAUUUGUUCCCGAGUUUUUCUUUUUGCCCGAAUUUCUGGUCAAUAACGAGAACUUCAAUUUCGGUGUCCGACAGAACGGCCAACCCGUCCAUAGCGUUCAGUUACCCGUUUGGAGUCGUUUUAAUGCCCGACUCUUUGUGCUAAUCAAUCGACAGGCGCUCGAAUCCAAUCACGUCUCACAAAACCUCAAUAAAUGGAUUGAUUUGGUGUUUGGCUUCAAGCAAACGGGUAAAGCGGCCGUCGACGCCAUCAAUGUCUUCCAUCCGUCCACUUAUUACGGAACCGACGUCUCGAAGAUUGAGGACCCGUUGAAACGGACGGCCAUUCAGACGAUGAUUAAAACGUUUGGUCAAAUGCCUAAACAGUUGUUCACGAAGAUAGCGCACCCGGGUUUGGCUCAAUACGUCCAGUUGCCACUCGAGACCGAUGUCUGCGAAACGAUGCCCGAAGUGGUUGGCAUCAAAUGGGGUUCAUAUGUGGGCUCGCCGUCAGACCCGGAGCCCACAGUCCUCUGGAAGAAGAAUUAUUGCACCAAAAUAAGUCAUUUGAUUGCAUUGACGACUAACGACGUGUUCGCAAUGCCCCCCAACUCUAGUCUAUUACUUACUUAUAGUCGCCAAAAAGGCGGUGCACUCAUGAAUACCUCUUACAUCACAUCAGCGGCACUGUGUUUGUGGUCAAAACAGGACUCCACUCUCAAAAUCAAAGCAGAGUCAACAACACUGCCCUUCAUUGCGGCCAAUGUUCUCUUGGAUGAGAUAACGUGUUGUAAAUCAGUGCCGAAUUACGAAAUAUUACUUAUCGGCUAUUCUUCGGGAGCUGUGAUCGUACACGAGAUCGAACAGCCCAUUAAGUCAACGCAAAAGAUUAAACAGAAAAGGUCUCAAACAACACUUUACGGUCACUCGACUGCAAUCACUUGCAUAGCGAUCAACAAAUCAUUCAGUAUUGCCGUUACGGCUGAUAUGAGCGGCGUUUGUAUAGUUUGGGAUUUGAGUCGCUUUUAUUACGUGCGAACACUUUGUGAGCAUAAGUUUGCCGUCGAUUUACUGGCCAUAAGCGAGACAUUGGGUGAUAUUGUUUCGGUCAGUCAUCACAGCGACCGACAAAUGGAGUCCAUCUUUUGUGUGCACACUAUUAAUGGAGAACUUGUGGGACAAGUGGUAACCGACACUCGAAUUACAGCCGUUUGCUAUUCAACAGCACCCGAAGGCCUGUCUGUGAAUGUGAUCGCAACCGCUUUCAUCGACGGCUCCAUUAAAUUGUGGAGUUCUUGGGAUUUGGCACCCGUUCGACAACUUCACGCUUACAUCGAUUUACCCAUUAAUUGUAUUACGUAUUCCAAUGAUAACCAACUCCUAUAUGUGGUCUAUAGUGAUAAUACUGUCAUCGUAUGGGAAAAUGGCAAUAAAAAGGGCUCUCGUAGUCCAAGUCUUAGCGUUUUAUGAACAAUAUUAUUAUUAAUUAUUAAUUGAAUGGAAAAUUAUAUAUAUUUUUAUUGAGAGAUGUUUUUAUUUUUAUAACUAUUUAUUAAUCAGAC